AAACCCCCUCCCUUCUAGCACUGAUGUUCCCUAGUUGGGUAAUGAAACAUCUGCAAGGAAACAAGCCAGCUCAGAGAGCACCAAGGACCCCUCACACCCCUUCUAAGUCUGCAGUGGGCAAUUGGACCCAUCAAUGACAGUUCCAUCUCCCUUCAAUGACAGCUCCUUCUCCCUUCUUCUUAAUGACAGUUUUCCGGUCUCUCUACCCUUCCAGAACCGAGUUGAUUUUCUUCAGCUCAUGAUGGACGCACAAGCUGCAGCCAACAACUCUGGGGACCCAAAUUCAGAGAAAGGUUUAACAGACAAAGAGAUUUUGGCCCAAUCCAUUUUUUUUAUUUUUGGUGGCUAUGAGACCAUUGGUACCUCCCUCAGCUUCAUGUCUUAUUGUCUGGCCAUGCACCCUGAUGCUCAAGAGAAAUUGUACCAAGAGAUUAAUGACACUUUUCCCAAUAAGACCCCUCCCACCUAUGACGCGCUCCAUCAAAUGGAAUAUCUAGAUAUGGUGGUGAAUGAAACUUUUCGUCUUUAUCCUCCUGGGACACGACUUGAGAGGAUUUGCAAAAAGACAGUAGAAAUCCAUGGAAUCACCAUCCCAAAAGGGACCGUGGUUAUGAUUCCAGCUUAUGUCUUACAUCGGAUGCCUGAAUAUUGGCCUGAGCCCGAAGAGUACAGACCUGAAAGGUUUAGUAAAGAGAACAAAAAAAACCUGGACCUGUAUGCAUUUCUUCCUUUCGGAGUGGGUCCCAGGAACUGCAUCGCUACACGUUUCGCCCUCCUGGUGGUGAAAAUGGGUCUGGUAGUCACACUGCAAAGAUUUCACUUUGAAACCUGCAAAGAAACACCGAUCCCCUUGGAGAUGGAUGACAGAGGAUUCGUCGUGAUGAAGAAGCCCAUCAUGUUGAAGGUGGUGCCCAGAGUCAUUGUGAAACAUGGGGAGUAGACAUUCUGGAGGCUCUAAAGAAGCAAUGGUGUCUUCCUUGCUUGCUUGCUUGCUUCCUUUCCCUUCCCUUCUCUCCUUUCUUCCUUCCUCCUUUCCCUUCUCUUCUCUUCUCACCUUCCUUCCUUCCUGUUGUGCUUUCAUGUCACCUAACAGCAGCCAUCUGAAUCUAUAAAAUUGAAUGCCCAUUUAGACAUUUUCUCAUCCUGUUUUCAAGGACAGUUGGGUGCUCCAGUUAAUCUUGGGAUCUCUCCUGUCUUCACUUUUAAAAUAAUAAUAAUAAACCUGCUUAUUUCAUACACACAUCACUUGACUUUGAGUGACUCAUGCCACAAGCAUUCAAGGGCCCGCGUUGCGUACCAGCGCAAGUUUCCAAGUCCUCUCUAGGUUUCACUCUUCUUCUGCCAAAGAAAGUUCCUACACCAUCUCCCUGUGGAUUGCCUUGAGGGUUCCUUGGCUGGUAGGGUAAAAAGGUGAUGAAAUAAAUAAAAUAGGUUUUGUGGAGAGCUGCUGUACCUGGAGAGAGGAAAAACACCUGUUGGUCAUGAAAAGAUUUCACAAUAAAACCAUACUAGCAUCCUGU